AAUACUUGAGGAGCGAGACCGCCUUUCUGGAAGAGUUGGUGUUUGGAAGUGGAGAUACCAUUGAACUUUCCUGUAACACCCAAGGCUCUUCUGUGUCUGUUUUCUGGUUUAAAGAUGGUAUCGGGAUUGCACCUACCAACAGAACUCAUAUUGGACAAAAACUGUUGAAGAUAAUCAAUGUGUCAUAUGAUGACUCGGGGCUGUACAGUUGCAAGCCAAGGCAUUCCAACGAGGUCCUGGGAAACUUUACAGUCAGAGUUACAGAUUCCCCUUCAUCGGGUGAUGAUGAAGAUGAUGACGAUGAGUCAGAAGAUACAGGUGUCCCCUUCUGGACCCGGCCAGAUAAGAUGGAGAAGAAGCUGCUGGCAGUUCCCGCCGCCAACACUGUUCGCUUCCGAUGUCCGGCAGGUGGAAACCCAACUCCUUCCAUCUACUGGCUGAAAAAUGGCAAGGAGUUCAAGGGAGAGCAUAGGAUUGGGGGCAUCAAGUUGCGACACCAGCAGUGGAGCUUGGUGAUGGAGAGUGUUGUGCCAUCAGACCGAGGAAAUUACACCUGUGUUGUGGAGAACAAAUAUGGCAAUAUUAGGCACACAUACCAGCUUGAUGUAUUAGAAAGGUCACCCCACCGACCAAUCCUACAAGCAGGGCUCCCUGCCAACCAGACUGUGGUGGUAGGGAGCAAUGUGGAGUUUCACUGCAAGGUCUACAGCGAUGCCCAGCCUCACAUCCAGUGGCUGAAACACGUGGAAGUCAACGGCAGCAAAUACGGACCCGAUGGGACGCCCUAUGUCACAGUGCUGAAGUCUUGGAUCAGUAAAAACGCUGAAGCCGAUGCUAACCUAAAUCUGUUCAAUGUGACAGAACAAGAUGAAGGAGAAUAUCUGUGUAGAGCCAACAAUUUCGUAGGCAUAGCCGAAAAACCAUUUUGGCUCCACAUUCGCAAACCAAAACCAGCAGAGGAGCUCAUGGAAAUGGAUGAUUCGGGCUCAGUGUACACUGGCAUACUCAGUUACGGCACUGGCUUUGUUCUCUUCAUCCUCGUGCUGGUCAUUGUGAUUAUCUGCAGGAUGAAAAUGCCAAACAAAAAAGCCAUGAACACCCCCACUGUACAGAAAGUCUCCAAAUUUCCGCUCAAAAGACAGGUGUCGUUGGAGUCCAACUCUUCCAUGAAUUCCAACACACCCUUGGUCCGGAUCACGCGCCUCUCCUCCAGCGAUGGGCCGAUGCUGGCCAACGUCUCUGAGCUGGAACUGCCUCCUGAUCCCAAGUGGGAAUUGGCACGCUCUCGCCUGACCUUGGGGAAGCCGCUCGGCGAGGGGUGUUUUGGCCAAGUGGUGAUGGCAGAAGCAAUUGGGAUUGAUAAGGACAAGCCAAACAAGGCCAUCACGGUUGCUGUCAAGAUGUUAAAAGAUGACGCCACAGACAAGGACCUUUCCGACCUGGUCUCUGAGAUGGAAAUGAUGAAAAUGAUUGGGAAGCACAAAAACAUUAUUAACCUCCUCGGUGCCUGCACGCAGGAUGGACCGCUCUACGUGUUGGUGGAAUAUGCAUCGAAGGGGAACUUGCGGGAAUACCUCAGGGCACGUCGCCCACCUGGCAUGGACUAUUCCUUCGACACCUGCAAGCUGCCAGAGGAGCAGUUGACAUUUAAAGACCUGGUUUCCUGCGCCUACCAGGUGGCCCGUGGCAUGGAGUACUUGGCAUCUCAGAAAUGCAUUCAUCGCGACUUGGCAGCCAGGAACGUGUUAGUCACUGAAGACAAUGUGAUGAAAAUAGCUGAUUUUGGCCUCGCUAGAGACGUUCACAACAUCGACUAUUACAAGAAAACCACCAAUGGUCGGCUGCCUGUGAAAUGGAUGGCUCCAGAAGCCUUGUUUGACCGGGUCUAUACUCACCAGAGCGAUGUCUGGUCUUUUGGAGUGCUACUAUGGGAGAUCUUCACUUUGGGAGGGUCUCCGUACCCGGGAAUUCCUGUUGAGGAACUCUUCAAACUCUUAAAGGAAGGCCAUCGGAUGGACAAACCUGCAAACUGCACCCAUGAUUUGUACAUGAUCAUGCGGGAGUGCUGGCACGCUGUCCCCUCGCAGCGGCCCACCUUCAAGCAGCUGGUGGAAGACCUGGACAGGGUCCUCACCGUGACGUCCACCGAUGAGUACCUGGACCUCUCAGUGCCCUUCGAGCAGUACUCGCCAGCCGGCCAGGACACCCAUAGCACCUGCUCCUCGGGGGACGACUCGGUCUUUGCACAUGACCUGCUGCCCGAUGAGCCCUGCCUGCCCAAGCACCCCCCCUGCAACGGCGUCAUCCGGACGUGA